AUGAACACCGUUAGGAAUGAAGAGUUUGACUGCCAUUUCCUCGAUGAGGGCUUUACUGCCAAGGACAUCCUGGACCAGAAAAUCAAUGAAGUCUCCUCUUCAGACGAUAAGGACGCCUUCUACGUGGCGGACCUGGGAGACGUAAUAAAGAAACACCUGCGGUGGCUGAAGGCUCUCCCGAGGGUCACCCCCUUCUACGCAGUCAAAUGCAACGACAGCAGGACCAUCGUGAAGACCCUGGCUGCCGUCGGGACGGGCUUUGACUGUGCCAGCAAGACGGAGAUACAGCUGGUGCAGAGUCUCGGGGUGCCUCCCGAGAGGAUCAUCUACGCAAACCCCUGUAAACAAGUGUCUCAGAUCAAAUACGCCGCCAGUAACGGAGUCCAGAUGAUGACUUUCGAUAGCGAAGUGGAGCUGAUGAAGGUUGCCAGGGCACAUCCCAAGGCAAAGCUGGUUCUGCGGAUCGCCACGGAUGACUCCAAAGCAGUCUGUCGUCUCAGCGUUAAGUUUGGUGCCACACUCAGGACCAGCAGGCUUCUCUUGGAGCGGGCCAAGGAGCUGAGCAUCGAUGUCAUCGGCGUGAGCUUUCACGUGGGCAGUGGCUGCACGGACCCGGAGACCUUCGUGCAGGCCAUCUCCGAUGCCCGCUGUGUCUUCGACAUGGGGGCUGAGGUUGGCUUCAACAUGUACCUGCUGGAUAUCGGUGGUGGCUUUCCUGGAUCUGAGGAUGCAAAGCUUAAAUUUGAGGAGAUCACCAGUGUAAUCAACCCAGCCCUGGACAAGUAUUUUCCCUCCGACUCGGGAGUGACACUCAUAGCUGAGCCCGGCAGAUACUACGUUGCAUCAGCUUUCACACUUGCAGUCAACAUCAUUGCCAAGAAACUGGUCUUAAAGGAACAGACGGGCUCGGACGAUGAAGACGAGUCAAGCGAGAAGACCUUCAUGUAUUACGUGAAUGAUGGCGUGUAUGGGUCCUUUAACUGUAUCCUCUACGAUCAUGCGCACGUGAAGCCCCUUCUGCAGAAGAGGCCCAAACCAGACGAGAAGCACUACUCCUCCAGCAUCUGGGGCCCGACCUGCGACGGCCUGGACCGCAUUGUGGAGCGCUGCGGCCUGCCCGAGAUGCACGUGGGCGACUGGAUGCUCUUCGAGAACAUGGGUGCCUACACCGUGGCUGCUGCCUCCACUUUCAACGGCUUCCAGCGGCCCACCAUCUACUACGUCAUGUCAGGGCCCACAUGGCAACUGAUGCAGCAGGUCCGGACCCGCGACUUCCCGCCCGAGGUGGGGGUGGAGGACGCCGGCGCCCUGCCCGUGUCCUGCGCCUGGGAGAGCGGGAUGGAGCUGCUCCCCGCAGCCUGCGCGUCCGCCCGCGUCAACGUGUAG